UUACCCGAUAGUCACCCGAUAGUACCCUCUCUUCCUCCACAUCGCACGACUUACACCACAUCACUACUUCACCAUCCAUAAUAUCUAUCUCUUUCAGUUCCAUGGCCACUACAUCCCAACCUAUCGCUUUCCAGUCUCCUAAUCAUCCUGAUUUCAACAUGGCAUCUGGUUCAUUCACUGGUAACAACAGUGCCAGGUCUUAUUUUAUUGGCUCACCAAUAUCCUGGCGUGCUGGCUCAUUUGGAAGCCGUUUCUACCCUGGUUGUUCCCCUGGUCAACUUCUCGGUCCAUUGGAUCCUAACGAAUUCAAGUGUGCCAAGUUGUCGUCUUCUAUCGACAGCGACCGUGGUUCAAUUCUGAACGCUCUCGGCGCCCUCGACAAGGAAGACGAAUUAUGUCGCAACUACACAUGCUGUGGUCUACAGUUAGAUGAUCUACAUGCUCUGCUACAGCAUUUCGAGGAGAUCCACGUUGUCGUGCUUGACCCGUUUGGUCACCCUCAAUUCCCAGUCGUCCCUUCUCUACCCCAGUCUGAUCGCAACGCGACUGCGUCUUACAUUUCAGACUUUCAACAGCACUCUCAAUCUUACAACCAAGGUGGUUUCGACCCUGAUGAUAUGGAACUCGAUGUUGAUCAUGGCAGUCCAAACGCGCCAACGCCCCCUGAUACUCCCCUCAGCACACCGCUGUCGUCAUACCCUACUCAUUCGUUUAACCACUUUGGACAUUCGAAACCUGCCUCCCCGCAUCUUCCCGUGUCCGCAUUCGAUACGACAACUGUGCUGCCUUCCCGCUCCGUUCACGGCUCAGCAUUCCCACCGCCUCGAAACGGUCUUCCAAAUGCGGCAAAUGCCCCAGAUGCAUUUAAUGCUUACGCGGGCUACUCUGACUACUCAUCCUCAAUGCCUGGCACUGUUCCUUCCCCAAACGGCAGCGACGAUGUUCACGCACCUGUCACACCUGUCAGUGAGCCGGGCAGUCCCUACGGCUGUCUUCCUCCAGCUGUGGUAUUCUCCACGUGUAAUACCCCUGUCACCACUCCUACAGCCUCUCGCAUGCCAUCUCCAGCAAGUGCCUCGUGCCACCCGGCGCCCUCCGCGGCGUCUCAUUCCUCGGCGUCCUCGGAUUCCCCCGCUUCUGCCAAAGGUUUUACGUCACAGCAAGCCAAUCAGCGUGCCAGUACUACACUCUCCCGCCCUGCGUCAUCAUUACUAUUAUCGAAACCCUUCCGCUGCCCGAAGCCAAAUUGCAAUAAGAGCUACAAGCAAGCUAAUGGGCUCAAAUAUCAUAUGACUCAUGGCAGCUGCAACUUUGCGCCACCCAAAGACCUCGAGCAAGUACAAGCACUAUUGGCUAGUAAGCGGUCUGCCCGCGAGGCUGCUGGAGACGAUCAGGGGAUUACAGAGGGUGACAUGCGCGAAGUCGAACGUGAGGCAGAGCGCAGACUCCGGCCCUUUGCUUGUGGUGUCAGUGAUUGCCAACGCCGAUACAAGAACAUGAACGGUUUGCGGUAUCACUACCAGCAUUCGGGUGACCAUGGUGCAAUUGGCUUGGCUCUCCUUGCCAGUGGACAGCACGAAUGUCUACAACAUGCCCAUGGACGGAGUAGCAAUGCAAGCUCACGGCAUUCAACACCGGCGACUAGCGGAACCUCGACGCCAGUAAGCGGACACAUGACAUCGACGUAUGCCCAGCAAUAUCAGCAACAGAUGUUUUACUCGUCCGCACAGCAGCAGUACUUGCGCCAGCAGCAGGCUCUACAAGCACAGAUGCAGAUCAGCUAUCCUGCUGUCUCGGGUGAAGCCGUCCCUAUCAUGGUUGCGCAACAAUGAAGAUAUACCCUCGUUCAAAGUACAACAUCCGAAAGGAUGAAGCUUAUUCGAACAUAGAUUGCAUGUGAUUUAUAGACUAUCUACUGGCUGUCGGAUACCCCUCCUCACUUUCUGGCGACCUCCGUCUCCUUCACUAUCUCGAUCCAUGGCGCAAAAGUAAAAAUUAUACGUAUUGGUCGACUAUUGUUUAUAUUCCGUCUUUGGUGUUCUUCAGUCUACUUAUUUCCCUUCUAUGUGUUUCUCCUUUUACCGACUUAUACCAUAUCCCAGUCGACGGCUAUUGUUUCUAAGAAUCGUUUAUUUUGCUUUCCUUUGCGUCUGGCGCGUCUGGCACGACAUGCUACUUUCUCCCUGCUUCUUUGGUUUAUUUCCUGUGUCCCCCACCUCAUAGUUUCAUAUUCAUAGUUUCAUAUGAUAGCAGUUUUCAUAUGUUCUCUAAAAGCCGGGAUUGUGUACUAUUAUGCAGGCUGGCAUCUCUU